CGGCACUGCGAUAACACCCCGCAAACUCCCAAACUUUCAGCCUUCCCAUAAUCCCCAUUAGAUAGCCCCCCUCGAUCUUCCCUAUAUAAAGUCUCCUGUCCUUAAAAAUUUUCCCUCCUCCGAUCCCACUCCUCUCGCCUAUAUAUACUGCCCGACAGCCCUUAUCCGCAUGCUUGCUCCCCACCUGACGAGUUCUUGAUUUCGAUUCCUGUGUUCCUGUGGGGACGUUAGAGUCAACGCCUGUCGGGAUUGAGCCGCGCCCUGACCUGUUUCCUUGGAUCGACCGGUGCCCAGAAGUUUUUCAGCUGGGUUGAUUUGUUUGAUGCGAUAAAGCAGCGAUCUUGGAAAGCUGGGCUGAAACUGAUUAGGGUUUUUGAUUUCAAUGCUAAAGGUUGUUUCAGUGCUGAAAAUGAAUGUUGCCCAGAUAAAAAGGGGUCUAAUUUUGUGACGAACCUGUGCUGUUUGAUACCCUGGACCAUUGUUGCCGGAGAAUUUUCCAUCUCUUUGCUGCUGAGUCUGUUCCGAACGAACUAAAGAAAAGCAAGAAAUGGCGGAACAGGCCGGCCUAGAAGGGAGCCAGCCGGUGGACCUCUUAAAACAUCCAUCUGGAAUUGUCCCAACUCUUCAGAACAUUGUCUCGACUGUCAAUUUGGAUUGCAAAUUGGACCUGAAAGCAAUUGCCUUGCAAGCUCGAAAUGCAGAAUAUAACCCAAAGCGUUUUGCUGCUGUCAUCAUGAGGAUUAGGGAACCAAAAACAACGGCUUUGAUUUUUGCCUCCGGAAAGAUGGUUUGUACUGGGGCCAAAAGUGAACAGCAGUCAAAGCUGGCUGCCCGGAAGUAUGCUCGAAUUAUUCAGAAGCUUGGGUUUCCAGCGAAGUUUAAGGACUUCAAGGUCCAGAACAUUGUCGGCUCCUGCGAUGUUAAAUUUCCCAUCAGACUUGAAGGUCUUGCAUACUCUCAUGGUGCCUUUUCAAGUUACGAGCCUGAACUCUUCCCUGGUCUCAUCUAUCGCAUGAAACAGCCGAAGAUUGUACUUCUGAUAUUUGUCUCGGGGAAAAUUGUGCUCACCGGUGCAAAGGUGAGAGAUGAAAUCUAUACUGCCUUCGAGAAUAUCUACCCUGUGCUUAGAGAGUUCAGAAAGGUCCAACAGUGAGAACGGGUACGAUCGGCUCGGGAACUUCUGUUCAGCAGCUAUGGAAGGAGGAAGUUUUGAGUGGGAGGCCUUGAGUUCGGGACCAGUCCUUGGCUGCUUCACAGACUGGAUAUCAGAUAAUCGAAAAGUCAACCGGGUUUCGAGGUUCUUCACCGCAUCUCUUUGCUUCACAGACUGAUAUGGAUCAUCCCAGGAUCAAGGGGAGGGGAAAAGCGGCAAGAGCCUAGAAAGAAGGCAGUCAAGUGAUACUAAUGUGUCAGGAGAUACAGUUGAUUUUGAGACUUUCAUGUACAGUGAUUUUUUGAGAGUCUUUUUCCCCUUGCCUUAUGUUUGACUGAGACAGUUUUGGGUUGACAAUGAUUUUGGCCGUAAGCAAAGAAUUUAUCAGAUUUGCAUUCGAUUGUUUUGUUCCUUCGCUGCUAAAUGGAGGCAAUAUAAGUUUAUUCAGUUA